AUGAGUUCUAAAGAAGGGACAGAUACAAACUCAAUCGCUAUGUUGAGUGAUCGUCAUGAACAUGUCCCAAACCCAACACCAUCUGUACCCAAUACGGUAUCAGCCGAAACACAGUUAGGUUCGAUUGAGAGUCAAGGAUUGGAGGCGCUUGCCUCCGAUAACAACGAGGAUGAAACAUCGAAGCUGGAGCUUCCCCAAAUUCGAGACGCUGUCAAUAUUGCUUCCCAGAUGAUUGCGCUUUCGGUCUCACUCAUAACCUGUCCAGUACAUGAGCAAUGUGAUGGUUCUUGUUCUGGCCCAUCAGUGGUCUUCUCACCAAUUUCAAUCGGUAAUACACAAUACAAACUUCGUACAGACCGACCAAAAAUGAACCUUCCGCUUCAGCAAGAACAUCCCAUCGAGAUCCCAACGGCAGCUCUCGAGUAUUCCGCAAUUGACUCCGAAGCAGGCGAGAUCCGCUUGAUUCAUGUACAGAGUGCUGUAUUUCACUCAGAUCCUAUUGUGAUCGAUCUAAUGACUGUCAAAUUUGGUCACCCCGAGAUGCCGAAAUAUGCAGCAUUAUCAUACCAUUGGGGAAAACCUGUUUUUGAUCACUUUUUGAUUUCUGAAGGGAAGAAAUUACAAAUCAACGAGUCAUUACACAACUGUCUCAAACGACAUCGACAAGACAAAUUGGAGAAACCUCACUACCUUUGGGUUGACGCUAUCUGCAUCAAUCAGAAAGAUUCUGAAGAAUUGGUCGGCCAGAUAUUGCAGAUGAGAAAGAUCUACCAGACUGCGGAGGUGGUCUUUGUGGACUUUGGCAACACAACAUUACAGUUUUAUUUUGCGUAUGAUCUCCUGUAUCGUCUCAAGAUUGCUAGCAAUAUCUUGAAGGAACACCUCAAAGACGGAGUCGAAAUAAGAGAUUACAUCUCUCGACACGACUUGCUACCUUCGCUCGAAGGCCAAGAAUGGGGCAUCCUUCGUCAACUGUUCACAUCGUCUUGGUUGAAACGAACAUGGACAAUUCAGGAAGUAACGCUUGCUCGAGAUGUCCGUUGCCGAUAUGGACGGUUCAAUUUUGAGUGGGAGUCGUUGGUUCAUGCCUUUGAAUUUCAGUCAAAUCAACCACAGAGCAUCAACUGGUCAGCACGGAUCAGUCUUGCCGCACAGCUGGGUUUAGCCAAUUUCUACAGACUCGUUCUUAUUGGUAUGGACUACAAACUCAAACGUCUCAAGCCACUACAGCUGCUAUGGCGAACACGAGACUGUGAGGUUUCCAAUCCGCGGGAUAAAGUCAUAGCCCUGCUUGGUCUCUUUCCGGGAAGAUUUGCGACUUUUCGACCUGACUACACUGUUUCGCCGGAGAUGUUAUUCCAUCGUUUUACUGUUCAUGUGUUACAGUCUUAUAUGUUCACCUCAGAGCAGGCUUCCAUUUUAUCAUAUGCUGGUUUGCAUCGACGAGUUUUGUCUGGCCAUCUUCCAUCAUGGGCACCAGACUGGACGUCUUUAUCAACCGAAGGGCCAGUUGUUUUUGCCACUAUCCGCGAGCAGCCAUACAGUUGUGCGGGUAAGAGUGUUCCUAUGUUGCAGUCAUUUGGAGAUGGUGGUGCCGAGAGGAACAUGUUGGCAUCUCGCUCGCUUCUGGUUGGAAAAACCUUAUAUCUUACAUCGAACUGCGAUCUUGAUGGCGAUCAUGAGACUGAAGUGGAGAGAAUUGAAACAUACCCCCAAAAACAAUGGUUGAAAUGGCACAACGAGAUUGUGGAGCUUGUUUCUAAACUACGAGCCACCGAAGGAAGGCUGAGUUAUCCUGAUGUCGAUGAUGCACUGGCCAGAACUUUACUAGCAGACGAUACCUAUGCCGAGGGAAAUGCAACUCAUAAUACAAGCCCAAUACUUGAUCCUAAGAAGGCUUACGCAGAAGCUAUCGCUCAAAUAACGACAGGCGACAGGGACUUACGUUUCACGACUCCAGCCGGUCUCUUCAAAACACAGACUCUAACCGUAUCAAGACAGCGAAGAUUUGCGGUGACAGAUACUGGUUUUAUGGGUCUGGUACCGAGCUGCACAGAGAUAGGAGACGAGAUUUACAUCCUCGGUGGUGUCACCGUGCCAUAUGUUUUGAGAGCAUGCAGAGAGAGAAUCAUGGCAAAGACACAGAAAUUCCAGCUGAUUGGUGAUUCUUAUGUUCAUGGUGUUAUGGAUGGCGAGCUUAUUGUCGAGGAAGAUGGCGCUCAAGAUCGGGGAGGUUGGUCGGCUGUUAUACUCGUUUGA